AUAUCCGCCGUCAUAUUCGCUUGAUCAUUACACCAACAGCGAAUGUUCUUUCUUGAAGCAGUUAAUUACUGCGAAUACAUUGCAAAAAAUUUCAGCAAAAGUACACAAGACUGUAUCUUAACUUAAGCAAAAGAGAGGAUCUGGGAUUCUCACACAGGCAGCAAUAUAGCAACACACUAUUUGUUAAAAGGGAAUGUUUGUUUCUCAGAGUAGAUUAUCAAAAAAAUAUGACUCCGUUUCUUUGAGCUUUGUGUAUUAUAUGUUGUAUAGUCUUGGUUUUAGAGAAACGUGGAUUGGGUGGAUGAGAAUGUGUAUAGAGACAGCUUCCGUUUUUAUUCUCGUAAAUGGAAGCCUGACUUAAGAGUUUUCUUCACAAAAAGGAUUGAGACAAGAACACCCAUUAAUUCUUUUUCUUUUAAUUGUGACGGAUGAACUUAGUGGACAUAUGAGAUAAAUGGUGGGAAGUAAUUUCUUCAAAAGCUACAAGGUGGGAAAUGAAUUGUUGAAGUGUCCGCUGCUGCAAAUUGCAAAGUGCAAAACCUGAGAGAGAAAGAGAGAAAAAUGGAGAAGAUGAAAAUAGAAGAGGUUCAGUCAACCACGAAGAAACAGCGUGUUGCUACCCACACUCACAUUAAAGGCUUAGGUCUCGAGGCGAGUGGAAAAGCAUUGCCUUUUGCUGCUGGGUUCGUGGGACAAGUUGAGGCGAGAGAAGCAUCUGGUCUUGUGGUUGACAUGAUACGGCAGAAGAAGAUGGCCGGCCGGGCACUUCUUCUCGCCGGACCACCCGGAACCGGCAAGACGGCGUUAGCUCUUGGGAUAAGCCAGGAGCUUGGCACCAAGGUUCCUUUCUGCCCAAUGGUUGGUUCUGAAGUUUACUCCUCAGAAGUAAAGAAGACCGAGGUUCUCAUGGAAAAUUUUAGACGGGCCAUUGGUCUGCGUAUUAAGGAAAACAAGGAAGUAUAUGAAGGAGAGGUCACCGAGCUCUCUCCGGAAGAAACUGAGAGUGUUACAGGUGGUUAUGGUAAAAGUAUUAGCCAUGUGAUCAUUGGUUUGAAAACAGUGAAAGGAACCAAGCAACUCAAGUUGGAUCCCACCAUAUAUGAUGCCUUGAUUAAGGAAAAGGUAGCUGUUGGGGAUGUAAUAUACAUUGAGGCAAAUAGUGGGGCUGUAAAAAGGGUGGGUCGAAGCGAUGCUUUUGCUACCGAGUUUGACCUUGAAGCAGAAGAGUAUGUUCCACUUCCCAAGGGAGAGGUUCACAAAAAAAAGGAGAUUGUUCAGGAUGUAACCCUACAUGAUCUUGAUGCUGCCAAUGCACGACCUCAAGGGGGACAAGAUAUUCUGUCUCUUAUGGGUCAGAUGAUGAAGCCUAGGAAAACAGAGAUCACUGACAAGUUGAGGCAAGAAAUUAACAAGGUUGUCAACCGAUAUAUUGAUGAAGGUGUAGCAGAGCUUGUUCCUGGAGUUCUAUUCAUUGAUGAGGUUCAUAUGCUAGAUAUGGAGUGUUUUUCGUAUUUAAAUCGUGCUUUAGAGAGCUCCCUAUCUCCAAUAGUAAUCUUUGCUACUAAUAGAGGAAUAUGCAAUGUAAGAGGGACUGAUAUGACCAGUCCUCAUGGCAUACCUGUUGACCUGUUGGAUCGGUUGGUGAUCAUUCGAACGCAAACCUAUGGUCCUGCUGAAAUGAUACAGAUUCUAGCUAUCCGUGCUCAAGUAGAGGAACUGGUUGUGGAUGAAGAAAGUUUAGCUUUCCUUGGGGAGAUUGGACAACGAACAUCUUUAAGGCAUGCAGUUCAGCUGUUAUCACCUGCCAGCAUUGUUGCAAAAAUGAAUGGCCGAGACAACAUCUGCAAGGCGGAUCUUGAGGAAGUUUGUACGCUAUACUUGGAUGCCAAAUCAUCAGCCAGGUUACUUCAAGAGCAGCAGGAGAAAUACAUUUCAUAA